AUGGCGUCAGACUCGCGAGACCGCGGCAUUCGCAUCGCCAUCGACCGCGGUGGUACCUUCACUGACUGUGUCGGCGAGCUAAAUGGAAAGGAGACAAUCAUCAAGCUCCUCUCUGAAGACCCGGCCAACUAUGAAGAUGCGCCUCUCGAGGGGAUCCGGCGCAUCAUGUCGCACUUCCUCGACAGGGAAAUCCCCCGGGGUGAGGCUCUGGACACAAAGAGGAUCGAUUCCAUUCGCAUGGGGACCACUGUGGCCACAAACGCUCUGCUGGAGCGCAAGGGUGAAAAGAUCGCCAUGGUCGUGACCAAGGGGUUCAAGGACUGCCUCGCCAUCGGCAACCAGAGCAGGCCCAAGAUCUUUGACCUGGCGAUUCGAAAACCGGAUGUGUUGUAUGAGAAAGUCGUCGAGGUUGAUGAGCGCGUUACUCUGGAGGACUAUGCCGAAGACCCCAUGCGGAAUUUGACCAAAGUGGCUGCCAAGGCUGGGACGCUAGAAGCAGCCAAAGAGGAGCUUGUACAGGGGACAUCGGGGGAGGCCGUGAGGAUACUGCAACGCCCCGAGGCACAGAGUAUCAAGGACCAGUUGCAAGAAGUCUAUGACUCGGGAAUCCGCAGUAUUGCGGUGUGUCUGAUGCACGGCUAUACCUUCCCCGACCACGAAGCCCUGAUUGGCAAGAUCGCAAAGGAGAUUGGCUUCGAGCACAUUUCCCUCAGUCACGAGCUCAUGCCCAUGAUCAAGCUGGUUUCGCGAGCGACGUCCGUUUGUGCUGACGCGUAUCUCACGCCUGCUAUCAAAAAAUACAUCGCGGGCUUCCAGGCCGGAUUCGAGGGCGGUUUGGGAACGAGGAGCGUUCAGCAAGAGGAAGGUGCCAAGGGUGCCCGAUGCGAGUUUAUGCAGAGCGAUGGUGGUCUUGUUGACGUGGAGAACUUCACUGGACUCAAGGCUAUUCUAUCCGGGCCGGCGGGUGGUGUUGUGGGGUACGCCAUCACGUCGUAUGAUGAAGAGACAAAGAUCCCUGUGAUUGGAUUCGACAUGGGCGGCACAAGCACUGACGUCUCUCGGUUUGGCGAGGGGCGAUAUGAGCAUGUGUUUGAGACUACUACUGCUGGCGUGACUAUUCAAUCGCCGCAGCUGGAUAUCAACACGGUUGCGGCAGGCGGCGGCUCCAUGCUUUUCUGGAAGAAUGGGCUUUUUGUGGUUGGUCCUGAGUCUGCUGGCGCACACCCAGGUCCGGCGUGCUAUAGAAAGGGGGGACCGGCGACUGUAACCGAUGCCAACCUCUACCUCGGUCGUUUACUCCCUGAGUUCUUCCCAAAGAUCUUUGGCGAGAACGAGGACCAAGGGCUUGACCCUGUGGCUAGUAAGAAUGUUCUACAAGAACUUGCUGAUCAGGUCAACAAGGAGACUGGAAAAAAUAUGAGCGUCGACGAGGUGGCAUACGGUUUCUUGACCGUUGCAAACGAAACAAUGACGAGGCCUAUCAGGUCAAUCACGGAGGCCAAGGGUCACGAUUCCUCCAAGCACCGCCUGGCAACAUUCGGUGGUGCCGGCGGGCAGCACGCUGUUGCUAUUGCCGAGGCCCUCGGUAUUCAGCAGAUCCUUAUUCACAGAUACUCCUCUGUGCUAUCAGCAUAUGGUAUGGCAUUGGCGGACGUUGUUGACGAGCGCCAGGAGCCCGAUUCCAAGGUCUGGGAAUACCCGGGCAAGGCAGUGGAUGAGCUAAAGAGCAAGAUGGAGAAGCUCAAGGACAAGUCUCGCAAGGCCCUGCGCGACCAGGGCUUCGACGAGAAGGAAAUCGUGUUUGAAGAGUACCUUAACAUGAGGUACCGCGGCACCGAGUCGGCGUUGAUGAUUAUCAGGCCUGACCAGGACGAGCAGAAGGACACAAAGGACUGGGAUUUUGGAACGGCCUUCAUUCAGCAGCAUCGUUACGAGUUUGGCUUUACUCUCGACGAUCGAGACAUCAUUGUUGACGAUGUGCGAGUCCGCGGUAUCGGAAAGAGUUUCAGGCAUGCGGAGAAGACGGUAGACCAACAACUCAAGGAGUUGGAGCGUAAGAAUGUAGAGCAGAGCAAAGCACACAACCGACAGCAGGUUUAUUUCGAAGAGGGUCGACUUGAUACCCCGGUGUACAAGCUCGAGGAUUUGAGCACUGGCGAGACUAUCAAGGGACCCGCCAUGCUGGCAGAUGGUACGCAGACUAUUGUGGUCACGCCGAAGGCCACUGCGCUGGUUCUUGAUACCCAUGUCGUCAUUGACAUUGAGAAGGAAAAAUCCAAAGAAGACGGGUAUGUAGGACAAGUUCGAAUCGAAAACUUGAAGCUGACCUCUAGGUAUAGGCUACCAAAGAACCAAAGCGAACGAGACGUUGAUCCGAUCAUGUUGAGUAUUUUUGGUCAUCGAUUCAUGGCUAUUGCAGAACAAAUGGGAAGAGCCCUCCAAAAAACUAGCGUCAGCACCAACGUCAAGGAACGACUAGAUUUCUCCUGCGCCAUAUUUGACGCGACGGGCGGUCUCGUGGCUAAUGCGCCUCAUCUUCCUGUCCACUUGGGCUCGAUGUCGACCUGCGUCAAGCGGCAGGCGGAGAUCUGGAAGGGGGAUUUGAAGAAGGGCGACGUCAUCAUUUCCAACCACCCUUCAUACGGAGGUACUCAUUUGCCAGAUAUCACUCUGGUGAUGCCGGCUUUCAACGACAAGGGGGAUAAAAUCCUCUUCUACGCGGCCUCGAGAGCGCAUCAUGCGGAUAUCGGAGGCAUCACAGCUGGCAGUAUGCCGCCACACUCAAAGGAACUGUUCCAGGAGGGAGCUGCGAUUAAGAGCGAGAAGCUUGUUAGCGAGGGGCGCUUCGACGAGAAGAGAGUGACGGAGUUGUUAUACAACGAGCCUGCGCAGUACCCCGGAUGCAGUGGAACCCGCUGCUUAGCCGACAACAUCAAUGACCUGAGAGCGCAAGUCUCGGCGAACCAGAAGGGCAUUGCACUGAUUGAGGGUCUCAUUGGGGAGUAUGGCGAGGAGACGGUGCAGUUUUACAUGGUCCACAUUCAGAAUAACGCCGAGCUCUGCGUGCGCACACUGCUGAAGGAGGUCAGCAAGCGAUUUGAAGGCAGAGAUCUACAAGCGGUGGACUUCAUGGACGACGGCAGUCCGAUUCGGUUAAAGGUCACCAUUGACGCCGACAAGGGCGAGGCGGUCUUUGACUUUGAGGGUACCGGGCCCGAAGUCUACGGCAACGUCAACGCCCCCGAAGCCGUGACGUACAGCGCGAUAAUAUACUGCCUCCGGUGCCUCAUCUCGGAAGACAUCCCCCUCAACCAGGGAUGUCUGAAGCCCAUAAACGUCAAGAUCCCGCCAAAGUCGCUGCUGUCCCCGUCAGACGGCGCGGCGGUCGUGGGCGGCAACGUCCUGACGAGCCAGCGCGUGACGGACGUCAUCUUCAAGGCCUUCCAGGCGUGCGCGGCGAGCCAGGGCGACUGCAACAACCUGACGUUCGGCUUCGGCGGCAACGUGACGGGACAGAAGGAGGUCAAGGGUUUCGGGUACUACGAGACGAUUGCGGGCGGCAGCGGCGCGGGCCCCAGCUGGGAGGGCACGAGCGGGGUGCACACGCACAUGACAAACACCCGAAUCACCGACUCGGAGGUGUUUGAGAGGCGGUACCCCGUGAUCCUGCGGGAGUUUUCGUUGAGAAAAGGGUCCGGCGGUGACGGGCAGCAUCGGGGCGGUGACGGGGUGGUGAGGGAUAUCGAGUUCCGGAUCCCCGUGCAGGUGUCGAUCCUGAGCGAGAGGAGGGUGUAUAGGCCGUACGGGCUCGCCGGCGGGGAGGACGCCGAGGCCGGGCUGAAUGUUUGGGUGAGAAAGGUGGAAAAGGGGAGCUGGGAGAAGUCGCUCAAGAGGUUGAAGGGUGCCGCUGGGGAGGUGAAGGGAGACGAGGAGGUGGAGUACGAGGAGCGGAGGUUCAAUCUGGGGGCAAAGAACAGCGCGCCGAUGAAGCCUGGGGAGAGGAUCAUUAUCAACACGCCUGGCGGCGGUGGCUGGGGCAAGGUUGGGGCUGAGAAGGGAAUCAGUAGCAAGAGGGACCCGACGAACGGGUGGAGGAAGGGGAGUCAUGCGAAUAGGGAGGAUACUGCUCUGCAGGUCUAG